CCGCGCCCCGCGCCGGGACGCGUCGCCAGGGACCCAGGGCCGCCCCACCCCCACGGGGAGUCGGGUCCCCCGGGAUCUCCUAGGCGGGGCGUGCUGGCCAGGGACGCCAAGUGGAACAGGUGCGACACCCCCACGUCCCUGGACUCCCAUUAUCAGCAGGCGGCGCAGGGCACACCUGGAGCCCCGCAACCCUCCACCUGCUCCCUCCUUCUUGUCUGGGCAAAGGGGACUCCUGGGGCCUAUCAGCCUCCAGCUGGGCCACACCCUGUUGGUUCUGGGCACCCACACACUGAAGUGCAGUCUGGGCCAUACAGACUCAGGAUCCCUUUAAGCUUACUGGUGCAGACUGAAUGUGGGGUUGGGGGGAAUGUGUCUGGGGGGACCUGGGACCCAGACAAUUCUGCAGGUUCCUAUGACUGGGCAAAGAAAAGAUAACUGAAGAAACAGAAAGUGGGCUCUGAGAAAUUUCUUAAUCUUGACAUCCAAAGGAGACCUAGGGAUGGGAGGGGAUGUUGGUUAGUCAGGGCAGGUGGCUGGUGAGCUGGGUGGGCUUUCAACUGAGGACAGCAGGACCGGAAGGCCUGGAUCUGAGUAAGGAAGUUGUGCAGCGCAGUGUCUUUCUUUUCUGGGAAUAACCAGGGAUCAUAUCCACCUUUGCUUUUCUGAGUAGCAGGUGACCGUUAAGGCGGAGGCAUUGGGCUAGUGGCCACACUGCCCCAUUACCUUUCCAAAGCAAGACCCUACAAGGAGGCCCAGGAAGCCAGGGAGACCCACCCCUGCCCUGCAGGAAGUGUGUAGUGUUAGGUACGGAAAUUACUUGUCCUUAGCUGGGGAUAGCUUCAGCUGCCAGCAGCCUGAAACCUCCAUCUCUGCCUACUCAUCCAGGGAGGACGGAUGGCCUUUGGUCAGCCUGGCCUUGUGUGUCGGUGAAGUAGGGGGCAGGAGAAGGUUGGGAUCUACCGGUGAUGUAACAUAUCUAGCCAGGACACCCCUCCACCCCCCUGAUCCAUUGGAAUCAACUCAAAUAGCAUGUUGAAGGUUCCUGGUCUCACAGUAAGGCCAGUUCUCCCUCCUUUGGCUCCCAGCAUUCCUUGGGUGGGGAAGAGAAAGAGGGUACCCUAUCCUCAGGAAAGAAGACACGACCCAGUCAUGCCUUUUAUAAAUGGUCAGUAACCCUGCCAGUGAGGGCUAUAUCAUACCAUCCUAUGGCUCCACACAGGCCGUACAUGGUGCCACAUGUUUGAAAAGAUACUCUUGGGCCAGCCAGACUACAGCCUUGACCCCACAUCCCUGACUCUGCUGGCCCCUGCACUCCUUAAGGGCCCAUGGAUGGAGUAGUGGCUACCAAGACCCUGCACCACUCUUCCCAACCCGGUCCACCUGGCCACAGGCUCCUCUGCUGGAGUCCUCCAUCCCUUCUAGACUUCAUCCUUUCUUACUGUCUCCACCCUGAAGAAAACCUGUCCUUUUCCAGAGCUUUGGUGACAUGUCCCAUCUCCAAGACCAAGCCCCGAGGUAGGUAGCCACCAUACCAAGGCAGGCUCCUCUGCUUGGCAGGCAUCUGAGGUUUCAGGCUGCCCCCACGGCAGGCUAUCACAAGUCACAGCUCCGGUGACUUGGUCGUGCAGGAACCUGUGCUCACACGGUUAACCUUGGCGGGAGGGGCCGGCAAGGGGCGGGGCGUCUCCUCUCGGACAUCCGCCAUGGCCACGGCUGCGGGCUGCACACCCCACGGCGGGUGCUCCCGCACGCAGAGGCCACAUCUCAGCAAGAUGGAACGGGUGGUCGUGAGUAUGCAGGACCCCGACCAGGGCGUGAAGAUGAGGAGCCAGCGCCUUUUGAUCACCGUCAUUCCCCACGCAGUAGCGGGCAGAGACCUCGUGGAAUGGCUGGUCCAGAAGUUCUGCAUCUCGGAGGAGGAGGCCCUGCACCUGGGCACACUCCUGGCGAAGCACGGCUACAUCUACCCGCUGCGUGAGUCCCGAGACUUGACGCUCCGGCCAGAUGAGACGCCCUACAGGUUCCAGACACCCUACUUCUGGACAAGCACUCUGUGGCCAGCUGCUGAGCUGGACUAUGCCAUCUACCUGGCUAAGAAGAACAUCCAGAAACAAGGGGCCCUGGUGGACUAUGAGAAGGAACAUUAUGCCCAGCUGCACAAGAAGAUCAACCAUGCAUGGGAUCUAGUAGUGAUGCAGGCUCGAGAGCAGCUGCGGGCAGCUAAGCAGCGCCGGAAGGGAGACAGGCUGGUCAUUUCGUGUCAGGAGCAGACAUACUGGCUGGUGAACAAGCCCCCUCCUGGGGCACCUAACAUUCUGGAGCAGGGUCCUGAGAAAGGCUCUUACAACUCCAGUCGACUACAGAUGAGCUCGGAUUUCUAUAAGUGUGAGAUCGAGCGCUUCAGGAAGGCGUUGGUCAGAAACCGGGUGAAGUCCUCUGUCUGCCUCGAGGCGUACCUGAAGUUCAGCAGCCAGCAUGGCCCGCAUGAUCCCAUCAUGUCAGGGUGCCUGCCCAGCAACCCUUGGAUCACAGACGAUGUCACCUACUGGGCCAUGAAUGCGCCCACGGUGGCUGCCCCCACAAAGCUGCGUGUUGAGCGAUGGGGCUUCAGCUUCCGGGAGCUCCUGGAUGACCCCGUGGGGCGUGGCCACUUCAUGGAUUUUCUCCAGAAGGAGUUCAGCGCGGAAAACCUCAGCUUCUGGGAGGCAUGCGAGGAACUGCGCUUUGGCGGGCAGGCCCAGGUCCCUGAGCUGGUGGAUGCUGUCUAUCAGCAGUUCCUAGCCCCUGGAGCUGCCCGCUGGAUCAACAUUGACAGCCGGACGAUGGAGUGGACCCUGGAGGGGCUUCGCCAGCCGCACCGCUAUGUCCUCGACGCAGCCCAGCUGCAUAUCUACAUGCUCAUGAAGAAGGACUCCUACCCGAGGUUCCUGAAGUCUGACAUAUACAAGGGCCUGCUGGAGGAAGCUGUGAUCCCGCUGGAGACCAAGCGCCGGGCAUUUCCAUUCUUACGGAAGCCUCUGCACUCAAGCCCCAGCCCUGCUCUUCAAUCUACCCCUGGGGAGCCUCCAGCAACCAGCACCCCUGCAGUUGGCGAUGGGGAGGAGUAGAUGGAUCUUGCGGGUCACCUCAGCUUACUAUCACCCGCCUGACACCCUGUGGAGUCAUGCUGACCUGGAUACUGGGCCCCGAGCACUGGUGUCUCCUGUGUAGAGAGCCCAGCCUUGCUAUGAGGCCCCUGAGUCUCCACUAAAAUCCCCCCACACACACAUACACCCUUAGAAGAGACUGGUCCAGCCACUGAUUCCUAGCAAGGAGAUUUCAUUGACUAAGCCUUACCAGGACAGGACUUGUUCCUGGAAGGUAAAAUCAAGGUCCUCAAAGUUCCUCGUACUCUGUAGUUAGGACUAGGUGGUCAUCUCAUCUCUAGAAUAUCAAGUCUUUGACACAUCAAGAGAUAUUGGUCUCUGGCCAUGCCAUCCCAUUGAGGAUGGCUCCACCGCUGUAUAGGUCCCUUAUUCUGCCGAAGCUAAACCCCGUGGCUUCUCAGUAGACUGUAUCUGCAGGCACCACAUUCACCACUAUACACAGCCUCUCUUCCACCUGUCUUACCAGAUCUGAGAAAGGCAAUUCCUGCUGUUGUCCUGACCGUGGUGCUCCUAGGUCCCUUAGGUCUUUGCCAAGGAACAGUUUCCCUAACCAGGCUGUCCUCUGUGCCACCUCCUUCUGCCAUGCAGCUCCCAGCCGGGCUGCUCUCCAGUCUUUCCUCACAACUCAUUUCUACAGAAAUAAAAGAUUCAGGUCCUGACUUA